AUGUGGAAAAUAGUUCAACCACAUGUUAGUGCAUGGCGUUUAAUAACAUACAAGUUAUCAAAUGAAUUUGAUCAUAAUAUUCAAAUUCAAGGUAAAACAAAUAUUUUUUGUUCAUCAACUUUACAAAAACAAAUGGAAGAAAAUACAGAUACAAGUGAUUAUACACAAUUAACAACAGAACCUAUUAUUAAUUCUGAAUUAAUUAUAUUAACGACAUGUGAAAAUGUUAACUAUACAAGUGUUAAUAUAUUUCUAAUCGACCAAUCAGGUCAAAUCAUAAAUAGUUAUUCCCAGACACAAUCAGACGAAUCUGACACAGUAACGAAGAUUCGUGUUCCUCAGCAAGCAUUUCGAAUCGAAGCAAUUUUAACAUUAUCUAAUGGAAAUAAAAUUCAACGUAUGGAAAAACAUCUUAUUUCACCAAUGAAAUAUUCAAUUGAACUAACAAACCAGCCAUAUACAUUAUCUAUUGGUCAAACAAUUGAAAUGAAUUAUACAAUUAAAAGUUUCACAACUGGAAUAGUUAAUCUACGUUUACAAAUCAUUGAUACAUUAAAAUUAAUCAGUAAUGAUGUUCUAGAAAAAAAUUUAACAUUUUUUAAUGAAACAUCUGAAAUGACUACAUUUACAUUAUCAAAAAAUUAUCGACAAAAAAUUAUGGAUGAUAUGAUUAUAUUUGCUUUAUCAACAUAUAAUAAUCAAACAAAUAAGUAUUUCUGGUCUCUGAUUGCGAAUUUAAAAAAAAUAGGAAUCCUUAGAGGAUCAAGUUUGGCUAAUAUAUAG